CCUACAUUCCCUUCACUUGAGACUGUAAAUCUUUUUCCCUAUUUGCCAACCAGAGACAAUAAAACUGCUAUCGUCAUCGCAUAGUAUCUAUUCACCUUUCUCGGAUUACCAGGGAAGAUCAGCCUUUUAGGAUCAUGGUCCUAUACUCUUAGAGCGUCAAAGCUACCUCAGCCGGAAGUGAUCUUUUCUUCGUCAUUGAUGGCCUGAUGGCUGUAAGGUUGUUCUUUGCUUGUUUGUUUGCUUGAAGCUUGAAGACAAUAUUAUUAGAUUUUAAAAAGAAAAACCCCAGGACAGGCAAGAUGUAAAUCUCUGCAGCUUCCCAGAGGAGGAGAACGGAGGAGAGAAGGAAAAAAAAAAGCCAUGCUGUUUGAGUUCAGCAGAGUUCUGGGAUUACAGGUAUGUGCCUUCAUGCCUGGGUUUAUAUGGUGCUAAGGAAUGAGCCCAGGUCCUCAUGAAUGCUAGACUAUAAGGAAAAUCAUAUCUAUUUCUGAAGUGGGUAGAGAAGACUUCUACUUUCCUGUUCUUGGUCAAUAAUAGGGUUUCUUGCUCUUCUGGGUACGAGCUCUUUGCUGCCCUGAAGACUUGUGGCCAAGGAGAGGAGGAGGUCUCAGAGUCUGUGUUCACAGACACCCCCAGGCCAGAAAAAAAAAAAAAAGUGGGAAAUUACUUGCAGUCCGCACAGUUAAGCAUAAAGCAACACCAUGCAAAAAUCCUGCAACGAAAAUGAAGGAAAGCCCAAGUGCAGCGAGCAUAAGAGGGAAGAGGAACGCCCAGGCGAAGCGUUUGAACGCCCUAAUGGAGCGUUUGAACCUCAGCGAAUGGAAGGGAAUUUUAGGCAGAGGCUGCUUCAGUCUCUCGAAGAAUUUAAAGAAGACAUAGAUUACAGGCAUUUUAAGGGUGAAGAAAUGACCAGAGAGGAAGAUGAGAUGGAAAGGUGUUUAGAAGAGAUAAGAAGUCUGAGAAAAAAAUUUAGGGCUCUGCAUUCUAACCAUGGCCAUCCUCGGGACCAUCCUUACCCUCUUUAAUGUCACGUUCCUCAGAAAUAAUUGAUUUUCUGUCAUUAAUAUUGCCACUACUUUCUGUUUCUACAUUUCUUGACAAAUAUUGGCUAUCAUCUUCACCUCCACCUCACUCAUUUAAUAAGAAUUUUGUUCAUUUACAUUAGAUCACGAUUAUUUCAUAGUACAUUGUAAACUGAAAACAACAAUCUAAGAAACAGUAUAUAUGCCUUAAAUGUUCAUUUAUUCAUGAUAACAUGCAAAACAAAAUGUCUAUUAUACACCAAUGGGAUGAAUGUCUGUAUGAUCUGUAUUUCCUUUGCUUUUUGUACCUAUAUGCAUCUUUUCAUUUUCCAAAAGAUAAAUACAUGUUUGUAUCUCUAUAUUACCCAGGAGACACAAAAAAGGAAAACAAAUAGACAUCAGUGAAAGAGGCUUGUCAAUCACUUUUGAAAGGCGGUGCAACAGUAAUCUUUUAAUAACAGAAGUGUAAGAAAAGCAUGUAAACUGUAAAUUACCUUCGGCUGUCUUAGCCAGAGGAAUAAACUGACAAUUAUAAAAUACACA